GGCACAUCAACAAACCCCCUUUGUUCUGGGGAAAAAGAAGCAAAACAAAUGAUGUUGAUCCAUAUCCAGAGUGUGAACAUUGAUGAUCACAGCAGGGCGCUAUGGCAGACGCUGGGGUGAGCACUUGAAAGGCCAGAGUAAGUGUGGACCUUUGUGUAGAAGAGAGAGCAUCAUGGUGGCCUUCAAAGGGGUCUGGACUCAAGCUUUCUGGAAAGCAGUCACCGCGGAAUUUCUGGCUAUGCUUAUUUUCGUUCUCCUCAGCCUGGGAUCCACCAUCAACUGGGGUGGAACGGAAAAGCCCUUACCCGUCGACAUGGUUCUCAUCUCUCUUUGCUUUGGACUCAGCAUUGCCACUAUGGUGCAGUGCUUCGGCCACAUCAGUGGCGGCCACAUCAACCCCGCUGUGACCGUGGCCAUGGUGUGCACCAGGAAGAUUAGCAUCGCCAAGUCUGUCUUCUACAUUGCAGCCCAGUGCCUGGGUGCCAUCAUUGGAGCGGGCAUUCUCUACCUCGUCACACCUCCGAGUGUGGUGGGGGGCUUGGGAGUCACCACGGUUCAUGGAAAUCUCAGCGCUGGUCAUGGUCUCCUGGUGGAGUUGAUAAUCACAUUUCAGUUGGUGUUUACUAUUUUCGCCAGCUGUGAUUCCAAACGGACUGAUGUCACUGGUUCAAUAGCUUUAGCAAUUGGAUUUUCUGUGGCAAUUGGACAUUUAUUUGCAAUCAAUUACACUGGUGCCAGCAUGAACCCCGCCCGAUCCUUUGGACCUGCAGUUAUCAUGGGAAAUUGGGAAAACCAUUGGAUAUAUUGGGUUGGACCAAUAAUAGGAGCUGUCCUCGCUGGUGGCCUUUAUGAGUAUGUCUUCUGUCCAGAUGUUGAACUCAAACGUCGUUUUAAAGAAGCUUUCAGCAAAGCUGCCCAGCAAACAAAAGGGAGCUACAUGGAGGUGGAGGACAACAGGAGCCAGGUAGAGACCGAUGACUUGAUUCUAAAACCUGGAGUGGUGCAUGUGAUUGACAUUGACCGGGGUGAGGAGAAGAAGGGGAAAGACCCAUCUGGAGAGGUAUUGUCUUCAGUAUGACUAGAAGACAGCACUGAAAGCAGACAAGAACCCUUAGAACUGUCCUCAGAUUUCCUCCCACCCAUUAAGGAAACAGAUUUGUUAUAAAUUAGACACACGCAGGUUUGUUGUUUCAUGUCAUAUUACUCAGUCUAGAUAAUAAAUAUCUCAUUAUUUACCAAGGAGGAAUGGAAGAAACCUAUUGUGAAUUCCAAGUCUUAAAAAAAAUCUUUUAAAAAUAUCCCAAAGCAAAUAUGUAUCUAAUUUGUCUAGGUGCCAUUCACUAAUAAUCGAUUUAAAAUGCGUGUCAAGAUUUGGUUAAGUCUUGCCUGACAAAACUUAUAGACAUACCUAUCAGCUUACUCCUCCUCUACCGUGAAACUGGCAUUGUCAAUCUUCAUUUGAGUAUUUAUCCUGUUAACUCAAGUUUAUCAAUGGCAAAGUACAGUAUGUCACAGAAUCAUGCACAUUCAAGAAAGAAAAUAUACUGAGCUCUUUUAUGGACAAUCCCUUAUUUAUAAACUACCUCGGCAAAAGAAUAUUAACAACGGUCAUUGCUAAUGAAUUGUUUCCAUUUAUAUUUCAAAUACCCAACUUUCAACCCAAACUCCAAUUUAUAAUAUUCCUUCUCCCUCCUCAAUGCCCAAGGUAAUGGAGAACUAAAGCCCAGAAAUUUGAAGAAUGUUCAGAAACCCUGUAUAAUUAUUAAUUCCACCCACUAAAACAUCCAAAUCAUAAGGAACCCCUCUUGAGAUUCAGGACAAACAGACUUGUAAGAUCUUAUGGGGGUAAGGGGGGAAUUACCAUCAUACAAAAAUCAUAAGGACAAAGGAAAUCUGUAUUUUGGCCUCAAAUAGUUGAUCUGUUUUCAGUGCACAUCCUCAAAUACACUACCUGAAGUUAACAAUCUAAGCUUUUAACCACUUAACAAGUCUGCUUAGUUUUUUUAACUUACUGGCAAAACUGGGGGUUUUGUGUGUUUGUAACUUUGGUUAUCUACAUUUAAACAUUACUGAGACAUAUUUUUGAUAACAAGAACAUAACUAGUUGAGUCCUGACUUUUUGAUGAUUAUUAAGCUCUGCUCACUCUGGAAGGUGUAGACCAGUCCUGCCCAGCCCCAAUCUCUAUUGCCCUCUCACUUCUCAUGACAUUUGUUGAUAGUCUUCACUGUGUGUGUAAUAAUAUUUUAAUGAAUUCAAAUGCAUGAGAGACAAGGAACAACAUGGUUGCAGAAUAAAAGGGUGAACAUAUCACAGAACUGUGUAUUCAAAGCUGCCUAGGUAACCAGUCUCACUUGCAGAGGUAUUGUAUGUAACUCAACACCUUUUUGAAGUGUUUUCAUUACUCACCCAUUUAUUUGUCAAAAUAGUUUGUCUUUCCUGUACCGCUUUGCCUUAUGUCAAUAGAAAGGGCUCUGGAAACCCCAGUUUCUAUCAUCUGAACCAUCUAGUCUAGCUUUUUAUCUUAGACAAGGAGCUGCAAAUAUCAGUUUCACUGAACAAAAGCAAGGAGUAAAGCAAAAAUCAAUCACUGCAAAGAGUGGCUUGUAAAUAGCUGAUAAUCAAGGGCCUCCUUCUCCCAUGCACAGUUCCAACUGUGUGCCACUUUUUAGUGUUAAUGGCAGUUGUGUGUCUGUGGCAGUGAGAUAAUGGACCACUAUUAAACCUGAUUCUCUUCGGUGCUAGAAAAGUGAUGCAUAAGUUUGCCAGAGAGUCCUCACACAGGUAGGCCUGGGAGUGCCGCUAGCGUUUUUUAUGGCAGGUGUGAAAUCCCAGGCUUCCUUCUCAAGGAUGUAGCCAACCACCCCCUUCGCCAGUGAUGCACGUUGCUUCCUGUUUGUGGCAGCAUCUAUAGGAUCUAGGGUUCGAUUCUAAGGAUGGUUUAUGCCCGUCUUUUCAAAUGUUUGCACAAUAUACCACUAAAGGCUUAAAAUUGGGGGUGGUUCAGCUUAUAACAUAAUACUAUCAAGCAUCGGCAAACAGGUCAGUUCAAAAAUAAGUUACGUUAACAAAGAAAAGUUAAACCGAAUUUCUGAAUACGCUUACAAUUUACUGGCUUAUAAUCAUUUUUAUUCAGUCAUAUGAUUUACUUCUUAUACACUCAUUUCCAGUUAGAGCAUUCAAUAAGUUAGUGCUUGAAAAAAAAGGGUGAACGAUGUUUUUGUAAUUUGUUUUCCAGCAACUAGCAGAGUGCCUGGCACUUAGUAGGUAUUCAAAAUAAGUGUGUUAGUUAAUAAAAAUAUAUAAAUUUCAUUUGAGAUUUAAGAAUAUGAAUAAUUUUCCUUUAACCUUUAUUUUGCUCAAUAUUUAAUAAAAGCAUGGUUUCAAGGACUAUUGAGGGAAGGCAAUGUAAACGUAAACCCAUAAAAUAUAUUUUUCCAUUCUACUAUUUUAGAGGUACGCAGUGAACGAAAGCUUUAGCGCAUUUUUUCCCCGCAUAUGAGACAACAUAUUCUGUAUUUCACUCAAGGCUCUGCCAGUAAAAAGUAAUGAAAUUGUACCUUUCUAAUGACAUCUAUGCAGCAGGGGUCUAUUGCCUUGUGGAUGGCACCAAAUUAUCCAAGUGUAUUAGGAGACUAGGGCUUUUUCCUUUAAUCCCUUCUUAUUAAUGAAGUGCAUCAUGCUGCUCCCAGGAGAGUGCUGCUGACAGAUACACAGAAAAGAGAUCAGAGAGAAAAAAUUGGAAGGACAUAAAUGAAUUAUAUCCAGCCAGGAAACGAUGCCAACCAUCUCUUCCCUAAGGAAAAGUACACAAGUGCCCCCAAAUUAUAAGGUGGUCCCUACACUGAAAAUGUAUAUAGUUUGCCAAAAGAGUACAAAGAGUAAGAGUCAUUUUUUAAAUUUUCAGGGCUUUCUUAAUAAUUUGGGGCCCAGAAUUUGAAUGCAUGUUUUUGUUGCUGAAGAUGACAUUUUCUUCAAAGAGUCCUAAACUUUUACACUGGAAGGAAAUAUGUUCUGAUACCUAAAUAGUUUCCUAAAUUUAAGAUUCCUACACUUUGUUUCUGCUCUUUGACACUUUUCAUAAAUUCUUGUACUUUCUUUCUGUCGUCUGGCCCUUUUCCUAAUGAAGUUGAUAGGUGCUAGCAAGAACUGCUACUCAGUCUGGAAGAUUUUACAAGGAGACUAGAAAUAUUUGAAUAACAUACAUCAUGGAAUUAAGUUGUCUAAUUAAUUAUUAAGGUCUGAGUCCAAAUAGCACAGAAUAGUCUUCUUAGGCUGUGAAACUAGGCAACUCAUUUACUAGUUUAAACUCAAUAAUCAACAGGAAAGUUUCAAAGAAGAGUAGCAAAUUGAAACGCUAAAAUUCAUCCUAUUCUGGUGCAGCCCUUUGUCGCAACAUGUUGACACUGUCCCAACAUGUUGUAAACGUUUGACAGAGAAAUUGCCUUUGUGACAACUGAAGAUGAUAUUGGGAGUUCAAUAUAUAACGUUAUCAAACAAUAGAAAGCCAAUAUAAAUUCUCCUCAUAAGCACUAGAGAAUAUGCAAAUUCAGAAUAUUUUAUACCUGAGAGGAAUUGUCUUUCAUAAUGUUUAUGGCAACAAAAAUAUUAGGAAGAUAUGGUGACUAUUUGGAAAGUGUAAUGUAACAAAACUCACUUUCUUCACCACAAAUUUUGUGUGUUUGCAUUGGUAUUGUAGUACUUUAUAGAUCACCCCAAAAGUGUAUUAACUUUUGAAACCCAUAAUUCUCUGAAAUGCAUGGACAACAUUUAAUUGAGGCCCCAAAACUGUGGCUGCUCACUUUUGCAAAUGACCAUAGCUUGUGAAAAUACACAUCAAAUAAAUAUGAUACGAUAUGUACAAUGAACAUUAAAUUUAAGAGCAGUUAUAAUGGUACCCAUGCAUGCCAAAAUCCAAGAGCUAAAAAAUGUACCUAAUUUAUAUAACCCAUUGGAAUAUAUUUCUAGAUUCUCUUCAGAAUUAAUUAAAUAAGCAUGCAAUUUAUGAAAGUACAUAAACAAUUGUUUAUCACUUUUAUGACCCAAAUCACAAUAAACUUGUAAUUCAUGAUAAACUGGUGAGAAUAAACUGAACAUAUGGUUAUAUUCACAAUUAUUUAUUAACUGAAAUUUUAUUCCAACAUUAGAGCUAAUAUUAAGGAGAUUUAAACUAUAAUGUCUAAUAUUCGGAAUAAUCUAUUAAACGAUUAGCAUUGUGGUUGAUUCCCAUGAAUUAUGUUGUAUCUCAUACUACUAAGCUUGUGCAAAUAAACUUUUUAAUGUUUUAAAAGGCAA